CGGUCGUACCAUCGACGACAGUGGCAACUACAGUCCCACUGUCAAGCCAGGCCAAGGUUAGUGUGCAACAGCCUGUUUUAGUGGUUAUGCAGCCGCUGCAGCAAGCCCCUGGGCCCAUGCAGCCUAUGCAGUGGAUGCCCAAGAUUCCUCUGCCGAGUCCUAAACCUUUUUCUGGAGACAGGAAGAAGGAUGAGGAUUUGGAUACCUGGGUAAGGAUUGUGCCUACAUAUGUGAGGCAUAAGCUUACAAGGCCAGAGCAGGAAGUUGUAAUUGCUGCGUCCUUUUUAGAAGGAUCAGCAGCACGUUGGUUGAAUAGGUUAGUGGAGCAGCAGGGCUAUGGUCAGAAUUUCGAUGCAUGGGCACAGGCCCAGACAUUGGAACAAUUCAUACAGACUGUGUACAGGAGAUGGCAUGACCCUCAAGGGGCUCAGAAGGCCACCAACGCGAUCAACAAUUUGUGUGCCAAGAAGUACAAGAAUGUCCGUGAAGUCACAGACACUGUAGAACGUCUGAUCGUAGUACCUGGUGUGCGCUUUGACGCUCAAGUACUCCUCACGUAUUAUUUGAGAUGUCUUCCAUCAGAAGUCAGGACGAAACUUGUGGACGAAGCCUACAUAGACCAACACAGUUUUGCUACUUUCAGCAGGAAGGCUCUAGACAUAGAGGCAAAGCUGGGAUCCGCGCGUCAGGUAUCACAUGAUGGUAGGAAGAGACUCCCCCAGGAUUGGAAGAAGAAGGGUCAGUUGAUGUUCGUUGACCACGAUGGUCAAUCAACGGAGAUUGACGAUUUCCCAGAUCUUGGGGAGGUGACAGAGCAGGAUGGGGCCAGCGAGACUUCGGAUGGGGGAGUCGUGGCACCUAUCAAGGAAAAGGCUAGGGGGACCGGGAAGAAGAAGGUAGUACGGUCCACGGGUCAGGGCGACCAAGGAACACCCGCAUGGGUAAAACUUGGUUUAGAGUAUGAGGUGUGGAGAGACAGAGUUGUUAGGGGCACGUGCAUGAACUAUGGCAAUUAUGACCACACGUCUAGAACGUGUCGAGGCAAGAAAGUCUUGACGAGGGUGGCCGCAAGGUUGGCGCCUUCGCAGACAGGCUCUACACGAAAUUUCAUCGGUCGUGCUUGUGUGGAUAGACUGCGCUUAGGGGACCAAGUGCAGCGGCUUAGCAGAACUGUAGCUUCUAUGCUAGCCAACAAGCACCAAAUGGUUGUAAAAGACUAUGUCAAGGACGUAGCCUGUACCUUCUCCUAUGGAGGAGAGGAAGUGAUUUACAAGAUCUCCUUCCUGGUGAGCGACGAACUGCCAUUCGAUAUGCUACUAGGCAUGUACUACCUCGAAGUCUCGCAACCUCAGUUUGACUGGGAUAGAAAGGUGUUGAUCCACAAAUUGCCCAAUGGUAGAACUGUUAGAUUGCAGAAGUAUAAAGCUAGCAGUCUAAUAGAAAACUACGGGUGUAUGUGCGCUUCAUCCUUCUAUAACUACUAUAAGCAGAAUCGAGAGGAGGGCAUGUAUCUAGUCUUUGUCUCUGGCGUGGUGGAAAGAGAGGUUGUACAUGCGAUAGAGGUUGUCCCAGGUAGCAAGGUUCCUAGAGGACGAAUCUAUAGGAUGUCUCCUGCGGAGUUAGAUGAGCUUCGACGCCAGCUCAAGGAUACCUCCCCUUACGGCGCUCCAGUGCUAUUCAUACCGAAGAAGGGAGGUACCCUGAGGAUGUGCAUUGACUAUAGGGGUCUCAAUGCCAUCACUGUGAAGAACGCAGAGCCCCUACCCCGCAUCGACGACCUAUUGGAUAGAGUGCAGGGAUGUCGGUACGGUCUGUACGAGUUUGUGGUGAUGCCCUUUGGCCUAUGCACUACACCAGGGACGUUCCAGCAUGCAAUGAACCGGAUUUUUCAUGAUUACUUAGACAAGGUUAUCGUCGUGUACCUCGACGAUAUCCUUAUCUUUAGUAAGACUGCAGAGGAGCACGCUGAGCACUUGAAUGCAGUGCUAGGUCUCCUAAGACAGCACCGGUACAAGAUUAACUGGGAGAAAUGCGAGUUCGGCCGCACCAAGAUCUUGUAUCUGGGUCAUGAAAUUUCAGCAGAUGGGUUCAGGCCAGAAGAUGCAAAGGUGGCCAGCAUACGUGACUGGCCUAGACCUCAGACCGUUACUGAGGUCAGAUCGUUUUGGGGGAUGACAGGCUAUUAUCGUCCUUUCGUCAAAAACUUUAGUACGGUAGCCUCCCCAAUAACAGAUCUAACUCGACUCGACACUCCUUGGGAGUGGACUGAAGAGUGUGAGGCAAGCUUCAAGAAAUUGAAGUAUGCUCUAACACACUAUGAAGUUCUCGAACUUCCUGAUCCUGACAAGCCGUUUGUUGUGACCACAGACGCCAGCCAAUAUGGCAUAGGAGCGGUCCUUGCGCAACACGAAGGGCCAAAGUUGAGACCGAUCGAGUGCAUGAGUAAAAAGAUGCCUUCUCAAAAGUUAGCUAAGUCCACUUAUGAGAGAGAGUUCUACGGCCUGUACAAAGCGCUAGUUCAUUGGAGACAUUACCUCCUAGGAAGAUUCUUCUAUGUGAGGUCUGCCCAUGAGACUUUGCUCUGGAUUAAGACACAGCCUGUGUUGUCGAAUGCACUCAAAAGAUGGAUUCAAGUGAUAGACAUGUAUGACUAUCAACUUGAUCCUAUCAAGGGUACGUACAACAAAGUGGCUGAUGCGCUAUCAAGAAGGGCAGAUUAUCUGGGCGCGCUAGUCACUGAGUUCGGCAUAUCUGACGAACUCACUCGAUCGCUGGUGGAAGCCUAUCACGGAGACCCAGUUAUGUCUGCGAUCAUCCAUAGAUUCCAAGCCAAGGAUAAAAAGACUUUGGACGAAUUUACGAUGAUAGAUGGCUUGCUAUUCCAUGAGAAGGCAGGGAAUAAAAAAUUAUGUGUAGCUAAUAGCGAGUCUUUACGUAGUUUAUUUUUAGGAGAAUGUCAUGAUGCAACUGGUCAUUUUGGCUAUAGGAAGACAUCAGCGAACUUAGGGCAGAGAUUUUGGUGGCCCUCUAUGAUGGAAGAUGCGAAACGCUAUGUUGAAACCUGCCAGGUUUGUCAAAGAGACAAACCAAGGACCCAAGCUCCGCUUGGGCUGAUCAAGCCCUUACCGAUCCCUGAGGGACCAGGCCAAAGUGUGUCCAUGGAUUUCAUGGAUACACUGGUGACCAGCAGGACUGGGAAAAGACACAUCUUUGUUAUAGUGGAUCGCCGUACUAAGUAUGCAAGACUAAUCGCCAUGCUUGAAACUGCUAAAACUGACUUUGUCAUCAAACUCUUCAUGGAUAACUGGGUAAGGGAUUUUGGUCUACCCACGUCUAUUGUUAGUGCUAGGGAUGUCAGAUUCACGAGCGAACUGUGGCAGUCUACUGCUGAACAAAUGGGCACAAAACUCCAAAUGACUUCAGGAAAUCAUCCCGAGUCAAAUGGUCAAGCGGAACAAAUGAACCGAGUAGUACAGCAACUGCUUAGGCACUAUAUCAAGCCAAGUCAGGACGACUGGGACGAGAAACUACCUCUCGUUGCCAGCCUGUACAACAACGCUGUGCAUAGUACUACAGGCAUGACUCCCAACCAACUGCAUCUUGGUUGGAAGCCGCGAACCGCCCUUGACUUUCUGCUACCAGAAAGGGAACCCACUGCAGCACCCGGCAGCAUAGAGUUUGUUGUCAAGUAUGAACAGAUGUUGCAGCAGGCCGUUGAGCAUAUCAAGAAAUCUCAGGAAGCAAUGAUUGCAUCUGAGAAUAAGCAUAGACGGCCUUCUAACUUUCACAUAGGCGAGAGAGUCUGGAUCAAGUCCGCUGAGCUUGGUCAGGAGUUAGGCAUAUCCCGCAAGCUAAUGCCACAGUACUUUGGGCCCUGGGAGAUCUUAGACAUUGUAGGAGAUCAACCAGACGGUCCUUCAUAUGUAAUUCGCAUCCCACCUAACUUGCGUACCUACUUUGUGUUCCAUGCCUCUAAGUUCGCACCCUUUGCUGCUACUGAGCAGUUCUCUUCCAAAAGAUCAAUGCUGCCCCCAACCAUGGAUGGCGAAGUGGACAUUGACCAGAUCGUCGAGCAUCGAGUGAUGCCUGUUCCUCAACCAUCAGGCAGAGGGCGACCUCCUAAACCGAGAAUGCAGUAUCGUGUGAGCUUCAGACAUCAUCUGGAUCCUAAAGAAGACCGGUGGUUCACACGAGAAGAACUCAUGAGAACAACACCUCAAGUGAUUGCAGGCUAUGAAAGAUCACUCAAAGGGAAAAUGCCUGCAGAAUAAGAGACUUCUCAGAGGACCUACGAAGUAAAGGAGGAGGGAAUGCGAGGAUCUGGGUCCUCGGCAGGCCUAUGGGGCCCUGUAUGCAGCAUUGCCCGCCUUAAGUGAAGGCGGAGGUGCCCGCCCUAAGUGAAGCCUAACAAAUCACUUGAGGACCU